AUGCCUUCCCAUCAGCAUCAGAAUCAGCAACAGUGCACACCACAAGUCCAGCAGCAGCAGGCGAAGCAGCCCUGUCAGCCACCUCCUACCAAAUGUCAAGAGGCAUGUGGGCCCAAAACCAAGGAUCCAUGUGUUCCUCAUGCCAAAAAACAAUGCCCAACGAGGAGCACAGCUAACCCAGCUCAGCUGAAGUGCCCUUCUGCACAUCAAGACCCUAAGUGUAAACAGAAGUAA